AUAAAAAUUUAACCAUAAAUUUAAAAAGAACGUAAACCUCAAGUCCCCGAUCUCAUUACGUAAACCGUGUCCGACCACUUAAAAUUCCGAGCGACAAAGUAAGAAGAAAAAAAAAAGAAAGAGCAAAUAACUAAAAUAAAGAAAGCUCGCACUUUAGAACGAGGAUUAAACCGUGAGACCGUUCUCCCUCGAAACUUAUUCGCAAAGCGUUGAAUUUCAGAAAUUCCGGCAUCGGGAGAUUUAUGAAUUUCAGUUAAUGCAUCUUAAAUUCUCGAAAUGUUUCGAGCAACAGCACAUGUACCUCAUAAAUCUUAGCCAGACUGACGCUUUCUGUUACAGAGUUGGAGAAAGGACGACUGCCGCCACCUUGACGAACUUAGAACUGCGAACUACGAACUUCUAGAAAGCCAGGAGGGCGUGCGACUCUCCACGGAACCCUCUCGAGUUUCCUAUCCAGGAACACGUCAACCGGUGUGUUCGUAAUAAAUGGUGGAUAACCUUUUACCUGGCGGCGAUAUUUCAAAUACAAACUUCCACUGAAUUAUGAAUAAAUGACGCUUGCCCGUCAAAUUUAACUUCGCCGGAGUGUUCAUCUCGCAGUUAUUCGAAUACACCGAAAUCUCGGAAACUUCAGCUCCAGAUUUCCUUCACCUUACAACCUCUCACCGGGUCAAUUUUUCGACGUAUAUUUACAAGAGUUCCAUAGAGUUCGAAUUUCCAUAAAAUUCACAAAAAAAAGUGUUAACGAAUCCAGUGGUUAUUAAUCAAUAACGAUGACAUAAUAUGAUACAUUUCUGCUCGAAAACCGGUGACAAAAAAAUUUGGAGAAGAAGAUCGUAAGAAUCGAAGGUAUAUAAGUGAUCAUUGGUGGGAUGUCCCCGUGACAAAAGGGCACGUGGUGAUGUCUUGGUGUUGUUGGUGCUGCGACAACCUCGGCGGUGCCGGUUCUUCAAGUGCUGGUGCUGGGGGUGUUGUUACCGGUGCAUCUGCUGGCAGUGUAGUCGUCGACGGAAACAGCAAUAACGCCGGUGGUGGUGGUCUCGGUAUUGCUUCCGGUCUUUCUGCGAUGCUAUCAUUGAUCGUCGUCACGGUCGCCAUCAGUACGGGAGAAUGGCUUCUAACGGAAGAGAAACUGCCGAAAACUUCAUCGAACGUUUCUGCGGAACCUGACAGCAAAGUUACCUACAGUGGCCUGUGGAGAGUCUGCGUUGCUACAAGUUCUCGCAUGGAGUACGAAUGUUCGAGCAUUGACUAUUUUCCAAACGAGGAGUACAGCCCGGAUCCAAACGAUUCAACCAUGGCAAUACCAUACGCAGUUACCAAGUCGGCGAUGUUCUUCUUCGCUGCAACAUCGUUGCUCGUGCUGGCUGAAGUUUGUUACUUCACUGCUCACGUUACUCACCCGAGACACAGACUUUGCGUCUUUGUCGCUGGAGUAGUCUUCAUAGUUUCUGGUUUGUUAAUGCUGGUGGGAAUGGUGAUGUACAUAUCUGUGUUCAAAGCUGAGGUUGGCAGUAAACUCAGACCAAGGUCGUCGUUUCAGCUUAGAUUGCUUCUUAUCCGUAUCGUACUCAUACGAAUGAACACCAUCGUCGCAAUCUUGCGAUUUCAGGGACCGCCCUUCACCUACAGGUACGGAUUCUCAUUUCUGCUGUACGUGAGUGGCUUCAUCACGACCGAGGUCGCUGGCACUUACGCCAUUUUCUUGUACAUCUCUUGGCAUCAAAAAGCACUGGUACGGAGGGAUCCCAGGCGAAAAAAUUACGGGGGUGUGUAUCACUUAGACAAUCAUCACAUGCAUCAUGCAAAUCACGCGACAAUAGGUCACAGUGGUUUCCUCUGCGAAAGGCAUCAGAAGAGAUACUUUUUCAGCAGAGAUUCCGUGGAUCACGUCGAUUUCGACGAAUUUCUACCACCUCCCCCGAAUCUGGACUACCACGAUUAUUCCAGACAAUUUCCUAGAGAUCUCACCACUCAGACGAUUAGCACAACAGCUGAUGUUCUUCAAGAAGAGGAGGAAGAGUACAGUCCGAGUAUUCGACACGAAUUCGUCACCUUUGACCUGGAUGACUCUCUGCCGCCGCCACCCCCGAUCAGGGGCAGCGAAUGGAGUUUCGAUACGUUGAGGAAAACGACUCCCGUCUGAUAUACCGUCAGAUACGCAAGGCUGGUACAGAGCGUCGAAAGCGAUGCGGAUGGAGAGGAAACGGAAACCGAAGAAGAGCACGACACAGUCGGCGAUUGAAUCCAGUCGUUUUUUUAACGGCACCUUGCUACUCCGGAUGUUUUUCAUCGUUCACAAUCGGCGCAGCAAACAAACGAACGAUCGAACGGAUAUCGAUCAAAGAACUUGAAAGUUCGUGGCCAGAAACUAUCUCGGCGAGGUAAUUUGUUCGUCGCAUGGAAAUAAGUGAACGAAGAAACGGGACGAUAAAGUGCUCCGUAAUUAACAUGUCCAACUUUUAUAGUGAAUUGUUUUCUUCUUUUCUUUUCCUUUUAUACAAUGGUGAGAAUUUUCAAAGGUAAAUUGUGACUGAUUUAAUUCGAACGUUCUGGGAAAGUUUUGCCACUUCCUUGAAAGGCAUUUGAUCAACUGCCAGAUUCAUUAAAGUAGAGUGUAUUUAUUUAAAACGAACCGUCCUUUUGGUCGUGGCAAAAUGAACGAGAGACACAAAUGUGACAACGAUUGAUCGUUGGAUUUAUAUGUUUGUGUGAGUCAAGCGCAUUGUAUAGGAAAAUAAUUAAAGGAAAUAUUCCUUUCCGAAUUAUUGAAGAUCUUAUAGGUCUUAGGAUUAAUUUGUUCCUGUUUGCUUGCGGAGAGAUAUUUGUUUAAAAGACUGCGAUCUAUAUCUGCCAAAGUUAAGAGAAUGUCAAUCGAUUGAUAGUUACAUAAAUAUUAUAUCCGUUAUGUGAUAUGUGAUUGAAACACCUGAAUUUUUUUACACAAAAGUAUGUUAAAAAUAUUACAUAAAAUCAAUGGUAACUUUAAUUUGUUUUCUUCUUGACUGUACUUGUUAUGAAGUAACAUUAAGUUACGAAGAGAUUAUUAUAAAAGACAUUAAGACUAAAAGAAAACUUAUAAAGUUUCUUGAAAAGACUGCAAUGCCAAGGAAGAGGAAAAAUUGCAUUUUCUUUAGAACAAGAAUAUAGGAAUUGUCAAGUUUCGAAACAGAAACUCAUUGAUUCGUUGAUAAUAUUACGAAAGUGUUCGCGUUUAAAAGGAAUUUUAUCUUAUUCGUUGUACAGAACGUGUAACAUUAUUAUAUCAAUAAUAUAGUCUGAAGAUUUUUAAUGAUACUUUAAAUAAGCACUUAAUAAGCUUUUUAUACACUAGUCAAUUUUCCACCAAAAUUUAUAUGCAGACUGAAAAGAUAUUCCAUUGAUUAAUUACUGAAGUAAACAAUGAAAUCAAUUACAAGUCUGAUUAGAGACAGUAUUACCAAAAAUUGUUGCUAAUUUUUUAAUGAAGAAUAAAAUAUACCAAUGUGUUUUUACUCUAGUGUUCAAUAUUGUUAUCGAAUUUGACAAUAGUGAUCAUGUUUACGCAAAAGAGUUUGCGUAUAAAAUCAAUAUGAAUCAAUAAAAUUAUGUGACUGAAACAAUGUAUUCCGAA